AUCUGAAAGUGAAGCCCUUAAAGUUGUUAUAUGCCUUUCUCAAUUUUCUUCUCAUAGGUGCUAAGGAGCAGUAGACAGUAUUAACCGUCAGUGUUUACUGUAUUCAUCAAUGUACCCGUUUUUAAAAUGUUUAAAACAUUACGGUUUAAGAAGCUGGGAGAGCAGACACGAUGCCCUCAUUCAUGAAGCAGUAUAGUGGGCGGGAAUUGCUGCCGCGUGUUGAAAACAUGACAAGUUACGUAAGUGGCGGUUCUCGGCGCCUUUAGUUACUGUACAGUGAAUUAGGCCCGUUUUGGCCGCUACCGUCCUGGCGGAGCUAGCGGGGUCAUGGAACCAGAGCUGGAACGUAAAGCAGAAGUAGAAGAAACCCGUGAUCCGGAACACGAAGACGGGACAGCUGAUGAAAUACCACAACCUGCCCUGUUAUCGGCAGGUCAUCAGCGAGCGGUUAAACUGCCCCUGACGCGGGUAAAAGCUCUUAUGAAGGCCGACCCGGAUGUCUCGUUGGCAAGCCAGGAGUCAGUAUUUAUCAUCGCUAAAGCAACAGAGCUGUUUGUUGAAACAAUAGCAAAGGAUGCCUUUGUGUAUGCCCAGCAAAACAAAAGGAAAACUCUUCAGAGGAAGGAUUUGGAUCUUGCAAUAGAAGCCAUGGAUGAGUUUGCUUUUCUGGAAGGUACCCUGGAUUGAAACUGGUUUAAGUACCAAAACUAGAUUGUACAGAGUCAAAAAUAUUGAGAGAGAUAUGUGAAUUUGAAAAGGUCAUAUUCUAGAAAUGUUUUGUACAGUAAAAAUGUAUAAAUUUUAUGUAUACGUUGUAAUAAAAUAUUUUGUAUAACAA